AUGUCUACCAAUGCCAAUCAACAACCCCCAGCAACAUCAGACGAGCAACAGACAGAAAACGUCGUGAAACCGACUGAAGCUUCAAAUGGGGCCCCAAAGACUCAAAGCUACCGCCAGGUCGCUGCCUCCCACAUCGACACGCUGAGCGAGAUAAAUCGCCAACUCCCUAAAAUGCUCACCUACUUCGCCACCGCACUCACCCAACUCACCAACAACCCCAUCCACGACCGCGAUCAAGAAGGCGAGUCCGACACGCCUGAAGCCCGCCAGGCUGCCUUCCGAAAGUACGCCAUCUACGUUGGACUGUCUGUGGGCCUUAUUCGGGAUGAACUCACCAAGCAGAUCAAUGAUCUCGAGCUGUACAAAGUUAUACCCAAGAGUCAUCCCAAAUAUGCGGCAUCAAAACGGCAGGGGGAGAAGGGGGAGAAGGACGUCAAUGACCCGGAAAAGGAUGUGAAGAAUGGAGGCUAUGGCGAGUUUGACGUGGGAGUGUUGAAUGCAAGGGCAAGUUCUGGGCAAGUCGGCGGAGAGGAUGUUUUAGACAGGGCCAAGGCAAUAUUGGAGGAUUUGAAGAGGAGGAGUGGCGAUGUUACGGAAGAGGAGGAGAUGAUUGUGGACGGUUGA